GACGUAUGCCUCCUAAAAUUGUAGGAAAGCGUUCUGUUUUAUACAGAUACCUUUAAUACAUUUUUACGUGUGCAUUGCGUAAAAUUGUAGCCUACAACCUCGCGACUGAACAGGGAUGAAAUAAGAAUAAGUCAGAGCGUGUGGAGUGUACACAAAGAUACAAAGGGGCGUCAAUGGGCGUUGAAGUUUUUGUGUAGCUAUUCAGAUGUAGUAGGGUUGGAUCGUGAGCUGCGUUUGGCACCGCCCUUCCUGGCAGGAGGGACCUUAGGCAGAGAGAGGAAUCUGAUUAUAGCGGCCGGAGGAGCUACGCCACAGCCCAGCAGCAGCCAUUCGUGGAAAAAUAGGCCGUCCUUCUGCGAGCUUCAGACUGCCUCUGAUCCCAUAUCGUCCGGCCUUUUUUCGUGAACUAGCUACUCCUCUCCGUUUUUAUUAAUGCGGGAUGAGUGAUCAAAAGAAGGAAGCGAUGGCGACAGAGGGAGGAAAAUCAUCUGGUGGUGGUGAUUAUGGUAAUAAAAGCAAAACUUCUGGAUCACAGGAUGCUCAGCCGUCUCCCCUGGCCCUGCUCGCAGCUACGUGCAGCAAAAUAGGUGGAACUCCCGGCGAGAGUCCGGCUGCAGGGCAGCAGCAGAUCCUCCUCGACCCGAGCCAGGGGAUCGUGCAGCUCCAGAACCAGCCGCAGCAGCUAGAGCUUGUCACCACUCAGCUGGCCGGCAACGGAUGGCAGAUUGUCGCUGCGUCACCCGCCGCAUCGAAGGAUAAUACUGCACAGUCCGGAGUUACAGUCGUCAGCGGCACUACAACCAGCACCAAUGACAGCACCUCAACCAGGAAGUUUAAAACGCUGGGCUCGAACAACGCGCCAGUCGGGCAGCAGCAGUUUCAGGUCAUCCAGGUGCAGAACGUGCCAAACGCCUCCGGCAGCAUUCAGUAUCAGGUGAUCCCGCAGAUUCAGACUGUGGACGGACAGCAAAUUCAGAUCAGUCCCGCCAACACCGCUGCUUUGAACGUUCAGUCGGACCACAUUCAGCUCAUCCCCGCUGGGAAUAAUCAGGCAAUCCUCGCAACUCAGAACAGGGCGGGUUCGGCUAACAUCGUCACCCAGAAUGUGGCGAACCAGGCGAUCCCUUUGCAAAUUAGACCGGGGAUGUCGUUCCCCCUGCAGCUGCAGACAAUCCCGGGCGCUCAGACUCAAGUGGUGACCACGUUGCCCAUAAACAUAGGCGGAGUUACACUGGCUUUGCCUGUGAUCAACAAUGUGGCUGCAGGAGGAGGGUCAGUCCAGCUGGUUCAGCCCACUGAUGGCGGAGUCUCCAACGGGAGUCAGCUUGUGUCCACGCCCAUCUCCACUGCUCUCAGCACUGUGGCCGAAUCCUCCGCAGCCUCCACCUGUGCCCCAACCACAGGCAGUAGUGAUUCUUCGGCAGUGACCUCUACGGAAGGCGGGCAGUUAAGCACAGCUCCAUGCACUUCUGACAGCGCCGCGGACCCAGAAGCGCAGAGCCUCCUGUCGUCGGAGUCCGAAGCCCAGAGCUCCAGUCAAGUGCAGGCAAACGGAGUGCAGUCAGCGCAGGAGCAGCCGGGUCAGAUCCAGCACGUUCAGAUCGUGGGCCAGCCCGUUCUGCAGCAGAUUCAGAUCCACCCCACCCAGCAGCAGCUCAUCCAGGGACUCCCACAGCAGGCGAUUCAGCUCCAGCCCGGACAGUCGAUACAAGCCCUCCAGCAGCAGCCUCUGCAGAACGUGCAGCUGCAGGCGGUCCAGAGCCCGACACAAGUGUUCAUCCGGGCGCCAACUCUGACUCCCUCCGGACAGAUCACUUGGCAGACAGUGCAGGUCCAGAACAUCCAGGGACUUCCGAACGUGCAGGUGCAGAAUGCCGGAGUGCCGCAGCAGUUGACCCUGACACCUGUUACCUCCAAUGCCGGCGGGAGCACUUUCGCGCAGAUCGCCCCUCUCACCCUGGGCGGGACUCCCAUCACACUCAACGCCGCCCAGCUCACCUCUGUGCCGAACAUCCAGACGGUGAACAUUGCAAACCUCGGUGCUGCAGGUGUGCAAGUUCAGGGAGUCCCCGUCACUAUUACUGGGGUACAAGGCCAGCAGCAGAGCCAGGAUGGGGUGAAGGUGCAGACCACUCCGGUCACAGUCGCCAUGGGCAGCAUUGCAAACGCAGCCUUGAGCACUGUGGGUCCAGACCAAAUCACUCAGGUCCAGAUCCAGCAAAGCCAAGCUGCCUCGGAUCAGGAGGGACAGCCCAGCAAGAGGCUCCGCAGGGUCGCCUGCUCCUGCCCAAACUGCCGCGACGGAGAGGGAAGGAACAGCAGUGAGCCAGGGAAAAAGAAGCAGCACAUCUGCCAUAUCGAGGGCUGUGGGAAGGUUUACGGGAAGACAUCCCACCUGCGGGCACACCUACGCUGGCACACGGGCGAGAGGCCCUUUGUCUGCAACUGGAUCUUCUGCGGCAAGAGGUUUACAAGGAGUGACGAGCUGCAGCGACAUCGCCGAACACACACAGGUGAGAAAAGGUUUGAAUGUCCGGAAUGCUCAAAGCGGUUCAUGAGGAGUGACCACCUCUCUAAGCACAUCAAAACGCACCAGAACAAAAAAGGGGGCGCGGCACUGGCCAUUGUCACAACCGAGGACAUGGAGGCCACUGUCAAUGAGGUGUUGGGAUCACCAAGGAUUGUUACCGUAGCGUCUCUCUCCCAGGAUUCCAACCCAACCACACCGACCGCCUCCAACAACAUGGAGGAGGAGUUCUAGUAGCCCUGCCCCUGACUUGUCCCACCCACAUGAGGACAUUGGUCAACAUUUUGCUUAUAACGGUUGCUUACUUUUAAAGAUAUGAAAACAGACUGGACAAACAAACACACGUACAGCAUAAUGGUUGUUUUAUGAGGCAAAUGUUAUGAAAGUAACUAUGUGCUUGAAAAAGAGCUAUAGAUGAAGUAAUUCAAAGUCAAUGUUAUGAGUUUGAUAAGCACAAAGGAUAUGUCCAAUAUUAAAGGGUAAUGUCACAAGAAACUUUUGGAGGGAAUAAGAAAAUCUAUUUCUAUGCACAGAAUGUAUUUCUUCAGUUCAGUUUCUUCAGUUAUAAAGAUAAAAGUUAUAAUAUCAAGGGGACACAUGGUGCAGUGGAUCUGACCUGCAGUCAGGUUGAAUGGUUCAGGUAUAGGAGGACAGCUGAGGUACA